CUUUACCAUAUCCUGUCAUACAUUGCUAUUUACAAUGGAUCCCAAUGGUACUUGGGAUCCAAUAAGGACACUGAGGAUUUCUGGGUUCGGGCUGUUUAUGCUAGGUCCGUCACAGCAUUAUUGGUUUAACUUUGUUGCGAGAGUAUUGCCAAACCGUGAUCUGAUAUCUACAUUGAAGAAAAUGGCAAUGGGACAGCUUCUUUAUUCGCCGGUGAUCAAUGGCAUUUUCUUUUCUUAUAAUGCAGCUGCUCAAGGAGAAAACGGGGAUGAGAUUGCUGCGAGAUUGAAGCGAGACCUGAUUCCAACUUUGCUAAACGGUCUUAUGUACUGGCCUCUGUGUGACUUCUUGACAUACAGAGUCGUCCCUGUCCAUCUACAGCCCUUAAUGAAUAGUUCAUGCGCGUUCUUGUGGAGCAUAUAUUUGACGUACAUGGCGAGCUUAGAGAAAGCUAUUCCAACAUAACUUGAAUUGUUGGAGAAGGGCUACUCUCCUUUCAAUUUUACAAAGAAGUUGAGAUCAUCACUUCCAUCAUUCAAGCAAGAGGCACAUAUAGUGGUUGUAAGUAAUCUGUAUUGUCUCUUGAUAUGUCCCUAAAUCCUUAUAUCUUCUCCCUAUUUGUGUUUGGAUGAGAUAAUUGGAAACUAAACCAUGAGACUAUGAUGAGAUUUGGAUAAAGAUUUUUGCUAGGUAUCUACCAUAGCUAUUGCAUAUUCUGGUAUUAA